CCCGGAAGCGCCAGGAGCGGCGGCGGCGGGAGCGGAGCGGACCGCGCCUAUGUCGGGCUUCGACACCAACCCGUUCGCCGACCCGGUGGACAUCAACCCCUUCCAGGAUCCCUCAGUGACACAGCUCACAAAUGCCAGCCAAAGUGGCUUGGAUGAAUUCAACCCCUUUUCCGAGAGCUCCCAGCUGACAAAUGCAGCCCGGACGACGCCGGCCGUGCAGCCCUCGGGCCACUCGCAGCCGGCUGUUCUGCAGACGUCCGUGGAGCCCACUCCCCAGGCCGUGGCUGCAGCAGCACAGGCCGGGCUGCUUCAGCAGCAGGCAGAGUUAGAGAGGAAGGCAGCUGAGCUGGAGAAGAAGGAAAGGGAAUUGCAGAGCAACUCAGCCAGCAUUAACCCGAGGCAGAACAAUUGGCCCCCCCUUCCCAAGAAGUGUCCCAUCAAGCCGUGUUUUUAUCAGGAUUUUUCUGCAGACAUCCCAGCUGACUACCAGCGGAUAUGCAAGAUGCUGUAUUACUUGUGGAUGUUGCAUUCCAUUACCCUGCUCCUAAACCUGCUCGCUUGUCUGGCGUGGUUCACAGCUGAUCAAAACAGAGGGGUAGACUUCGGUCUCUCGAUUCUUUGGUUAAUUUUAUUCACCCCCUGUGCCUUUCUCUGUUGGUACCGACCAAUUUACAAGGCUUUCAGGUCUGACAGCUCCUUCAGCUUCUUCGUCUUCUUUUUUGUCUUCUUCUGCCAAAUAGCGAUCUACGUCAUCCAGGCUGUUGGCAUUCCUGGCUGGGGAGACAGUGGAUGGAUCGCGGCGCUGUCAGAGGUGCGGAACCUGGCCGUGGCAGUCAUCAUGAUGGUGGUGGCAGCGUUCUUCACGCUGUGUGCCGUUCUCUCCCUCUUCCUCCUGAAGCAGGUGCAUUCCCUGUAUCGGCGCACAGGAGCCAGUUUCCAAAGGGCCCAGGAAGAGUUUUCCCAAGGCAUCCUCAGCAACAGGAGCUUCCAGAAUGCAGCGGCCGGGGCAGCCUCCUCAGCUGCACAGAGUGCUUUCCGGGGAAACUAGCCCUUCCCAGCAAAACUAGCCCUUCCUGGGCUGCCUCCCCCUUGUUUUCUCUGCCCUUAUCACUCCUUUUUUUUUUUUUUUCCCUAAAAAUGCACUUUUUGGGGGUACCAUGUGAGAGCUCUGUGAUGCCGACUCCUGAUGAGAAGAGGUUUUUUAGCUUCAGCUGAGCUACGGUUUUGAUGAUUAGUUUUCCCUGUCUUAUUAUAGAGUGUGGGGAGAUGAGGGAGACAUUCUCUGAAGUAAAUAUAUUUCUCUAUCCAGGACCUACCAGGUGUUUGUCUCUUCCUCCCCUCACUCUGUCUGUAGCAGGAAGACAAGGGGAAGCAGGUUUUGAUUUUACUCUCUCUUCUUUUGGCCUUUGCUACGAAGAAUUUGAUUAUCUGGUAUUUUGGGGGGGUUUUGUAAUGUGCAUGUAGUUUGUCAUUACUUUUAAGAACAGAAACUGUACUUUUGGUUUAUUACACUCACACGAUGAUGUA